AGUGCAAUUGCAUAAUAAACAAACACGCGUAUUCUCAUCAUCUCUUCCAUGACACUCGUGGCUAGAAAUUCCGCGUAUCUCUUGCCAAACUUCAUUACUGUCACUUUGCUGGCGAGUAUUAGAUAAAUGAUUCCGCCUUACUGUAGAGCCGUUUCUACCAUGAGAAACUCGCACUGACUGCACGAUAAUCGCCAGAUUCAUCAAGAAAGCCAAUGAUAAACUCUAAUCGCAGCCGAGUGAUACGGAUAGUGUCAGGUUAAGAUAUAUGAUAGCUGUGGUCAUUACGCCUUUACCUACCUAUCGACGCUGUAUCACUUGGUCAUACGGUGGCCGGAGAAGUUCAGGCAUUCCCGUUCAUUCGGGUUCUCGCUAGCUCCGAUCUUAAAAGUGCAUCGGGUUCAGCGUAUAAAGACGCCCUUUCAUAUACUCUACGCUUUGAUAUUCUUUUCCUUGUAUCUGUCAGGCAUGUUGCAACUGGGAGCUUCAAUAGCCCCUGCACCAAUUUAUCAUAUACCACGAACUUAUAAUGCUCACCCCGGGUCAAAAUACAUGUUACCUGCGGAUGAGGCUGAAGCUGAAAGGUUCGCCCUUCAACAUCAAAUGUUCAAACGGCUUUUCGGAGGGCGACUUGUUUAUCCACCUCUGACACUGUCUUCAGGAGAUGAGAUAUUAGAUAGUGGGACUGGAUCAUCCUCGUGGUUGCUAGAUUGUUGCGAUAGCAUACAGGGAGAGGAUAUCACAUACUACGCCAUUGAUAUUUCAUCGAAGUUGUUUCCCCCUAUCAAUAAGAGGCCCAGAAAUACACAUCAUUCUGUUGUGUCCGCCACGCAUCUUCCAGCGCAGUGGAGCAACAAAUUCACCCUGGUCAAUCAGCGUCUCCUCAUAGCGGCUUUACAGAUACCAGAAUGGGAGGCUACGUUGAAAGAAAUCUAUCGUGUUCUCAUUCCUGGUGGCUGGGUGCAACUUCUUGAGCCCAGUUCGCAGAUUCUAUCUGGCCCUCUGACUGUAAAGCUCACAAACCUCCUCAACGAUCUGUUCACUUCGCGAAAUAUGCUUUUUGAUAUCUCCGGCCAUCUGCCUCAGAUGAUGGUCAACGCAGGGUUCAGGAAUCUCCACGCCGAGAUAGUGGAUAUUCCUUUCGGAAAGUGGGCUGGACAAGAUGGCGUAGAUGGGCGUGAUGAUUUUAUGGGUGCGUUUAGGGGGUUAAAGACGCCUGUCCUUCUGGCAGGUGGUCUCGGAUAUGUAGAUUCGGAGGCAGAGUUCGAUGGUUUUUUUGACGCACUCGAGAAGGAAUGGGACACGAUUCCGGGCUCUGGCCUCCAAGGAUGUCUAUUUUAUGCACAGAAACCCUGUGUUUGAUAUAGUUUGCAGCCAGUUCUCGAGCUCUAUGGCGCUUACCACCUUGACAAUAUGAUGUGAGUCCCAUGGCUCAAAUCA